AAAGGAAAAAAAAAAGAAAAAGAAAAAGAAAAAUACAACUAUCCAUGAAUCUCUCUACUUUCAUCUCAUGCUCUUAGAUUUGUCCUACGUUGAUCGUCCCAUAGAAAAUCGUAAAAUCGAAACCCGACUAAAAUAUGGCAUCAAUGGUUGCCAAGGCUUGUAGCAACACAUCCAGCCAAAUGCCGGUCAUGACAGUCCAAGAAAAAGGCAGUAGGAAUAAACGAAAAUUCAGGGCCGAUCCACCUCUUGCCGACCCCACUAAACCCAUCCCUUUACCAUCGAGCGACUGCACCAGCUUCGAGUUCUCGGCUGUAAAAUUCGACACUCACGGGCACUCAAACGCAUGUGACUUGUGCUGUCUGAGCCAAGACACACCAGAUUCCCUAAAGCUCGACCUCGGGCUGUCUUGUGCCGUGGGCCCAUCCAAUCCCACCCAUCACAGGGACGAAAUCGACACAUUGGGAGACGACUUUCACGAUGCUGACUGGAGUGACCUCACCGAAACCGAGCUCGAGGAGCUUGUGUUGUGCAAUCUAGACACGAUUUUCAAAAGCGCGAUAAAAAAGAUAGUCGCCAGCGGUUACAGUGAGGAUGUUGCCACCAAGGCUAUCCUGAGGUCGGGCCUUUGGUAUGGGUGCAAGGACACCGUAUCAAACGUGGUGGACAACACCCUAGCCUUUCUCAGGAGUGGCCAGGAGAUCGAUCCCUCCAAAGAAAACUGUUUCGAGGACUUGCAGCAGAUGAAGAAAUAUAUAUUGGCCGAGCUGGUUUGCCUCUUGAGAGAGGUCAGGCCUUUCUUUAGCACGGGGGACGCCAUGUGGUGCUUGUUGAUUUGCGACAUGAACGUGUCUCAUGCUUGUGCUAUGGAUAGCGACCCUUUCUGCAGUUUUCUGGGCGACGUGCCUUCAAAUUCGACGAGUUCCUUACUUCCAGCUCAAUCCCAAUCAAGAAUGGAGACAAAAAAUCCUGAACACAAUAACAUCCUUCCUUGUAAACUGAACUGUCCACCGGAAUCGAUUCAAGGUGGUCAUAGUUCACAGCCCCAGGCAAAGAAAGUGAGUAGUGCUUCUAACGUGAAACAUAAAGCUCAUCCAGUUGCAAAUGGGCUUGUAUUGGAUAAGGAUUGUCAGAAUCCCAAUCCUGAUACCAGCGAGAAGCCGCCCUUCAACACUGUGGGAAUAUCCGAAAUAGAAGACAAAUUCGUUGGCGGCAAGAAACUGUCUGUAAUCUCAAAAAGGGAAUACAUACUGCGUCAGAAGUCAAUGCACUUCGAAAAACACUACCGUACUUACGGCUCCUCCAAAGGCACAUCCAGGGCCAGCAAGCUCAGCGCCUUUAGCAGCCUUGUCCUCGAUAAGAAACUCAAGGGCGUGGCUGACCCCUCUAACAUAAAUGCAAAAAACUCCCCUACGUUCAGCCUUGAUAAAGCUGCUGCUCAGAUUCCCUCCUUGCCUGUAGCCGAUACCGAGCUCUCUCUCUCCUUUCCAGCCAAAGGAAUUGCAAACCCGAUGCCCAUCAGCUACAGUGUGGAGCCCACUGCCAGCGGCAGGCCCCUGCGGUGGGCCCCACAGGACAAGAAAGACGAGAUGAUCAUGAAGCUUGUCCCGCGGGCGAGGGAGCUGCAAAACCAGCUGCAGGAGUGGACUGAGUGGGCAAACCAAAAGGUUAUGCAGGCUGCGCGGAGGCUUGGAAAGGACAAGGCCGAGCUGAAGGCCCUGAGGCAGGAGAAGGAGGAGGUUGAGCAGCUGAAGAAGGAGAAGCAGACUCUUGAGGAGAGCACGAUGAAGAAGCUGCUGGAGAUGGAGAAUGCUCUGUGUAAGGCGAGUGGACAGGUGGAACGGGCAAAUGCGGCCGUUCGGAGGCUGGAAGUGGAGAAUUUGGCCUUGAGGCAGGAGAUGGAGGUGGCCAGGCGGAGGGAGGCAGAAUCGGCUGCCAGCUGUCGGGAGGUGUCGAGGAGGGAGAAGAAGACGCUGGUGAAGUUCCAGUCUUGGGAGAAGCAGAAAGCGGCUUUGCAGGAGGAGCUGGCUGGUGAGAGGUUGAGGAUUGCGAGAAUACGGGAGAGGCUGCAGCAGGCAAAGGAUGCUCAGGAUCUAGUCGAGGCCAAACUUCACGAGGAACAGAAGGCCAAAGACGAGCUUCUCACUCAGGCCUCCUCCUUCAAAAAAGAAAGAGAACAAAUCGAGGUCUCCACUCAAUCCAAGGAAGACACCGUCAAAUCCAGAGCCCAAACUAAUCUGCAGAAGUACAAGGACGACAUCGAGGGGCUCGAACGCGAAAUCUCUAAGCUCAGGCUCAAAACCGACUCGUCCAAAAUAGCCGCCCUUAGGAGGGGCAUAGAUGCCAGCUAUGCCAGCAAGCUCACCAGCUUGAAAAAUAUGCCACUGCACAAGGGCUUGACAACUGUCUCUCACACCACAAUCCUCAAGGACCUUACGGCUAAUGGAGGCGUGAAAAGGGAAAGAGAGUGUGUGAUGUGUCUUUCGGAAGAGAUGUCGGUUGUUUUCCUGCCGUGCGCGCAUCAAGUGGUUUGUACCAUGUGCAACGAGCUGCAUGAAAAGCAGGGGAUGAAAGAUUGCCCGUCCUGUAGAAGCCCGAUCCAGAGACGCGUGUGCGUACGUUAUGCUCGCCCUUAAAAAGUUAUUUCUUGAUUAAAAAAGAUGAAUGAGUUUUUUUUUUUUUUUUUUU